AUGCCAGACAGAAAAUUGUUAAAAACUAAAGCAUUAAAACCUAAACGACCAAAACCUAAUCGAACUUUGCGAUCACAAUACAGCCAACAACAUAAUAAAGCUUUGCUUAGAGAUCCAACAACUAUCGAUUUUUCUGAUAUACUUUAUUACUGGGCCAAUAAUCCAUGCUCACUUAAUAAAGAUAAACAUAAUGAACUUGUUGCCAGGCUAGCUAAUAUCAGAGAUCCAUCACUGUUACCGCACGUCAUAUGGUUUACUGAAACCUGGUUCACAAACGAUUCUGAUACAUCAAUCGCCGGUUAUCAAUUACAUCGUAAGGACAGAAUCGGCAGAGGAGGCGGUGUUGCCAUCUACAUCAAAGAUUAUGUCGUUGCUGAAGAAACAAAUGUUGUCCAACUUAACUCGCCUGAAAUUGAACAAAUAUGGCGAAUGAUCAAAAUCGGGGAAGAUGUCAUUCUCAUCGGUUGUAUUUAUCGCCCUCACGACUUCAAUGAUGACUACUUUGUUUCUGUUUUAGCUACCAUAUUAGCAGCAAAAAAUGUUCUUCAAAAACUAGGGUGUUCAUCAAUGCUUCUGUAUGGAGAUUUCAAUCUUAAAGAAACGUCUUACAAAUCCAUUGAAGAAGGAAGUGCUGUAGCAACCAUUGCUUAUGUAGCCCACAAGCACCCAACCGAUCUAAAAUUCCAAGAAUGUCUCAAUGAGUGUCAUCUUACCCAACUGGUUACAUUUCCAACAUAUCGACAGUAUAGGGAUGCCCCUUUUAGUAGCACGCUUGACCUAAUAAUCUCUGAAAAACCAGACCGCUCCAUAGAAAUCACUAGAGCAGAUCAUCUAGGCGAUACACCAGGAGGUCAAGCACAUUGCAUGAUACACGGACUCUUUGCUUUAACCGGGCACAAUACAACAACUACUCCGAUGAAAAAACGAUUCAUCUGGAGCAAAGCCGACUACAAUUCCAUAUCAACAUGCAUAUCAUCUAUAGAUUGGAUAACAACUUUUAAUGGAAGCUCUGUGCAUGAAAAUUACAAGAUUCUAGUUAAAAACUACAACGACGCUGUCAAUAAAUUUAUUCCAACAACAACCUCACCAUUCUAUAAAAAUCAACCGUUGUGGAUUACGCCAGAAGUACUUAAAACUAUCAAAAAAAAAGAAAAGCUCUGGGGUAAGUAUAUUGCUGCUGGUCGCGAAACACACGAAGCACUUCGAGUAAAACAUAAACUUGCUUGCAAAAUAGUUAAAAAGACUAUAAAUAAGGCGGUAACCGAUCAUGAGGAGAAGCUUGUCAAAGAUUCAAAAUCUCACCCAAAAAAUGUGCAUGCGUAUGUCAGAAGUAAACAAGAAGUCAAAGAUCCUCUUCAUUCAAUCGAAACUGACAAUGGCAUUAUUACAACAGAUAAAAACAUAAUUUGCUCCACCCUCAAUAACUAUUUUCUGUCUGUCUUUGAAACUGAACCUGAUGGCAGUAUGCCAACAUUUCCCGAUCGUACUCAAGCAACAUGUAAAAUUAAUUAA